AGAGGGUUGGAGGGUGGGGGCAUGGAGAGGGAAAGUUUGACACUGCCUCUUUGAGAGUUCACACACAAACUUACGAUCAGGUCAACCCGUAAGCUACCUCUGUCAAACAUACUACAAAGUACUAAGUAUAAACAAAUUCAAAUUCAACAAGGACAUUCUGCAUUUCAGUCUGUGGUGUUAUCGACCCUAUCUUUAAUUUGCAAAGGGAAAUACACAGGCUUUGGUAUUGAUUCCACGCUGCAUCAAGCUGCAUGUUUUCAAUUAGUUUAGGGGGAAAAAACCUUUUGGUUUGGUAACAAGGCCUGUGUUUGUAUUUCCCUCUGAUCUCGCGAUAUCUCUCCAUAGCAACAGGGACGUUUGCCUGGAUACCACAGCCACAGCUUGGUACAAGGAAGCGAUAAAGGUGAGCGUUUGUUCGUUUUUCGUGUUGGUAAACGGAGUUUUAUUGACUUUCUUUAGUGGGAAACUGUUUCACCGUUUGCCAAAAGUGUUUGUAAUACAUUCUCUUAACUCUAGGCUUUUAUUAGAUAUUUGACAUACAUGCUUUCUAAAGUUGGUCAAGAGGCUAGCUAGCUAACGUCAUGCUACAACCCACCAUGGAACUGUCGGUUAAGCAAACGUAGAUUCAACCUUUUCUGCUCCCCAUUCUUAGUUUUGAAGAAGAAGAAGAAGAAGAACUUUUUUAAUCCCCGAAGGGAAAUUCAAUUGUCUGUUGUCUCACAUAAUAUGUCUCCAAAAGUCAUCAACUAUUCACACAAGAGUUAUAAAGCCUGAUGGCUGUUGGUACAAAAGAUCUUCUAAAUCUUUCUGUCCUGCAGCGAAGAGAGAGGAGCCAUCCACCAUCAUUGGCCCUUUGGUCCAUCAAGGUGUUGUGACGUGGGUGAUCCAUGUUCUUGAGAAUAGUCUCCACCUUCCUCAUUGUAGAUCUCUCCACCACAUCCUCCACUGAGUCCAGUUUGAGUCCUACCACAGAGCCAGCCUUUUUCACCAGUUUGUUAAGACGUCUUGCAUCUUUGUGUUUGAUGCUUCCUCCCCAGCAGACUGCAGCGUAGAACAGAACACUGUAGACACCACAGACUGAUAAAACAUCUGCAGCAUCUUACUACAGAUGUCUAUUGAUCGGAGUCUUCUCAAGCAAAAGUGCAAGCUCUGCCCCUUUCUGUAGAUGUAGUCUAUAUUCUUAGACCAAUCCAACUCAUUAUCCAGAUGUACACCUAGGUAUCUAUAUGAUGUCACCACUUCGAUGUCCACUCACAGGUGUUCACUGGCUGAAGAGGGGGUUUGGAUCUACGGAAGUUUAUGACCAUCUCCUUUUGAGGGCAAUGAUGGAGAUUAUGUGUAUUUUGCCCCAGGAUACUGCCCGUGUAUUUGCACAAGCAUACAAAAACAUACUUUUUUGAAGCAUUGAGUUCCCUAAGUUUGCUGCAUCUAAAUAUAUGGAAUUGAUGUUGUUUGUUUCAUUUAGUCUGGUUUCUUGUCCCUCCCCCUAGAUUGCCUUCUAUAUGCUGCCUCCUGAUGGAUCCCAGCUUUGGUGCCCCAGUCAGUCUCUGUGGAACCUGAUCGCUGAACAUGUUCCUGGGUCAGAGCUGUCAAAGAUCCGUUCAGCACUGGGUCCUGCCUUUGUUGAUAUGUACAAAGAUAAGCAUACUGAGGUAAGAGAGUCUUUGUGAAUAUAAUACAAAAGGACAACAACAUUCAUGGCUUACCUUGGUUGGAAAUGCGACCGAAAGAUUGUUUUAAUUAUCCUAUUUCUCAAUCCCUUUAUGAAGAAGUCAAACCCUGUGUUGAUCUCUGUUCGGAAAACCACAAGAACACCAUCAAGCCAUCUACAAGGAUUCUUGGUUUCAAGAUGAAUUUGAAAAAUGCUCAGCAGUGAACCCCUGCCCGAACAAUUUAUGAGUUGUGGUGUUAGGUUUUGUAAGUAGGUUAGUUUGGCAACAUACGCUCAUUAAUUAAGAUUCCCAGACUCCCUCAUAAAAGCAAAAUGUGGGCUAACUGGCACUGCACUGAAGUGAAAUCCAAAUGUGAGCUAGGCAGACAUAAAUAUUUACUCAAAGGCAGCUCAACUUUACUGCUUCAAAUCCCUUUUCAUGGAAAUCUCUGAGCUCUGAAAAAAUGACCUCACCCAAGAAAGACUUGGAGCGUUGAUGAAAAACAUAACCAGCUCAAAGGUGCAAAAGCACACACCUCACGAAGUAGGCCAAUUCUGGGACGAGGCUAGAAUCAGGCGCUAUUUUAAAAAAAUGACACAUGAUCAUAACUUUUGCACUCUGUCAUCUUUUUUUUUGCCUGUUCACAUCAUCUAUGGCAUAUCUUUGGACAGAAUUCAAUCCACUGUUGAUCUCCCUAUUUUUUCAUAUGACAUGAGAUAUUGGGCUUCAGAUAACGACAACUCAACUUCAGACAUUGAAAGAUAGCAUAUUUGAUUGAUUGAUUGAUUGCAGUUUAUUUCGAAUAUGCAAACCAAAAAUAUAAAAAAUAUAACAAGAAGAGUAAGGCUAAACAUAUAAAGAUGAAACUUCGAAACAUAGAAAUACAUAUUCGAAAAGGAGUGAGAAGAAGAAUAUGAACUCCCACUCCCACUCCCAAAUAAUAAGUCCCCACACCAAGUUUCCUUGCAAGUUAUUUGAAUUAAUAACUGCGCUUUAGAGUCUCUCCUAAUUGUGUUCAAAUAUUACCAAAUCUGCAUUGCAACUAACGUUCAUUAGUUUUUAUCCAUAAGUUUUUAUAUUUUCACAAACCCCCUUCUUGAAUUUGUAAUCUAUUAUAUGCUGCUUUAAAUUCCAAGAGCCAAAAGCAGUGUUUUUUUUUCAUCAUCUGCCCUCGUUUGGCUCGAGCGUGUGAUGAAGUUUCCAGCUUUUCUAGCCAACCAGAGGCAAAGGAGGCGGGACAUUCCCCAACCAUCCUCAAAAGAAAUAUAUCCGGGACGCGUCUUUUUGUUCCCCCAGAAAGUCGCAAAAUCGCAACGGGCUUGAUGUGUAUAGUCAGGCGUGUCAGAAUUUGCCUCCGAAUAUUUCGUAAUUUUGCGUCGUAUAUUCGUGUCGCUCCCGGUAUGUAAGGAACUUAAGACUGUUUAAAUAGUGGCAGGUGAAGAUUCUCUAAACCUACUCUUAAAUUCAUCAUAAUAAUUUGAGUCAUUCAUGAGACUAAGUCCACUGCAAAUGUCCCAGUGCUUGACCUAAUGUCUUCAUGUGCAGAUAUGCAGCCUGGUCCAUUGAGGGAAAAUUCCUGCCAAGCUGAAUUACAUAACAAAAGUCAUGCCAUGUGCACUUCAGACCAAAUCCAAAGCUGUAUAUUUCACUCAGACUCAAAGCGUUCCACUUAUCAGCACUUCCUGUGGACUAUAAAAUGUCUGCGUUGGCAGUUUAGUCUCUCAUAUGGUCUGAUUUUCUCUGCUUUUCAUCCCUCUUAUCAUCUGCCAUCUUCUUUCUUUUUGCGUCUGUCAUAUGUUGAUAUGUCUCCAUCUGUAGAUGUUAUCAGCCAACAGGCCAGUUACUGUUUGCAAAAGAAACACAUGGACAUAAUCUGUCUCAGCUCUCGGGCUGCGGCAGAAGAAUUUGGCCACAAUGAUACGAUUUUUUUUAUGACUUUAAUGUGUAAAAAUCUGAAGUUAACAGCAGACGCAGGCACAAACCCACCCUCAUGCAGCCAGAUAUUUCAAUGAACAAAUUAUAUAUCAAAACUGGAUUUAAAGCAGGGCUAAAAGAGAAAUUAAAGCUCAAAUCAAGCCUUAAUGAUGCUAAGUAAUUCAAUCCACACAUACACACACUAACAAACACACACACACACACUAAAAAGAGGCCCAGAAAGCUUAGUGAGUCAGGGGGUCGGUAUAACAGGGUUAAAGAGGCUAAUCCUCAACUGUUGAUAAGAGCGUUAGCAACACAUAUUCUUUAACUUGAUUUUGUGUGUCUGUGAGGAAAAAAACAGACGUGUGCAUGUGUGUACUGUGUGUGUGUGUGUGUGCGACUUUGAGUGUUCCUCUGGUGUUUUUUCACCUUCAGUUCAGCGUAACAGUAGAUCUGGGUAAAGCCCCUCGGACGGAAAGAAAGACUUAGGCUUAGAGCUUUGAGAAAUUUCCAAUGAAAAAAAAAAAAACGGCUAAACACUGAGCGCCUUAUUCAGCUCACAGGUCCGUUCAUGCAGGUUUCCCUCUGUUUAUACAUCUAGAGCAGGGUGGAUCACUUCCUUUUCUCUCUUUUUUUUCUCCUCUGUGCGUGUCUGCCUAUCUCUGCGCCUUUCACCCGGUGUGUUUUCUCUCCUCUGUACUCGUCUGUUCCCUCUUGCAGCCAUGUAAUGAAUUCCAUCCCUCGGCCAGCCACUGUGAAAAGUAAUCGUUGAUCUGCAGGCGACUCCUUCAUUCCCCCGUGCCGCUGCUCCUCCCUCCAUCAAGGUCUCCAUUGUCUCUGGCGGUUAGAUCAGAGGGAAUAUUAGCCUCUCCUUUCAAGUCCCUCCAUAAGGCCUAUCCAUCUCUACGCUCUUUUCUCUCUUACCUCUCUGUUCUGAAUGAAAAGCCCUUUAAGUUAAACAUAUUCUUAAACCCCCGUUGAAUAAUUCAACAUCAUAGUACCUAGUAAGGUUUAACUGACAGGUCUAAGUAGCGCUCCUUUAAAAUAGCUCCUAGAUGAGAUCAGUGGUUUCACAGCAGAAGAGAGGAGGAAAAAAGAUCCAGGAACUACUUGUUAGCUAGUGAGCCAUGAAUCCUGUAACAUAAACACCUUGGAAAAAGACAGAGGGAGCCAGUGUGAUUGCUGUGAAGUGUGUGGACGGCGCACACCUCGAGACACACAGCAGUGUUUUUAUACUAUCCCCCAGUGUAAUUGUUUGAAGUUAGCUUGGACUGCAACAUGGCAGGAAUGAUUGGCAAGCAACAGGUGUGGAGGUGUUAAUGGUAUCCAGACUUCUGGACAUGUGCACGUAAGCACACAUUUUUCACCCAUCUUUUUUUUUUAACCAAGAACAUUAUUUUUUUUUCCUCCUUCUUUUUGGCUUUUACACCCUAGUUAAAAUGCGAUAGCGUCUCAGCACAUGUAAGUGUGCAGAUGGUGGCUGUAAAAGUACACCUUUGAUGCUUGACACUCAGCCCUUCUGCCAGCUCGCAGAGGAAGUCACGCAUAAAGACUGACCUUUUUCUACAUUUUUUUUUUUUUUUGUAAAUAUAAAUCUCUAAUCUGCGGUGAUAAUCCUCGCAGCAGUUCAAAGAGUAGAAAGCUGCCUGGUCAUGCAGUAGACAGAGCUGCUUUUCAAAUGGCAAAGGCUUUACUUGGAUUCAGCAUGUUCCUCAGUUGGUGCUAUAUGGAGUGAUGCAGCCUUUAGACCAGAACCCUGUAUACUGUAUGUGUUACAUCAAGAAAAAUAUAGUGUGGAUACAUAUCACCGCUAUUUGAAAAAUUUAAGCCAGGUGAGGGAUUACUGGAGGUAGGGCUGGGCGAUAAACUGAAAAUUUACCGAAAUUUAAGAUGAUAACCAACGUCAUUUUUCCCAUAUCGGUCUAUUCGGUGUCAAAAAAAUAAAUAAAUAAAGUUGGUUUUGGAUGUGUGUAGGUAGGCUAUGGCGAGGCUUGACACUAUGUGCUCCCGAGUUGAAAAAGUAAGGCGCGCACGAAGAACUUUAGGGGCACAAUGAAAACUGAUCAAAUAAUGUGUGUCUUAUUGGUCGACUUAAGUAUUAAUAUUAAUACAUGACAUGGAAGCUGUUGAAGGGAAACAGACUUUUAUGAGAACAUCAACAGGUAAUUUAUUGAUGGUCCCUUAUUCAACACCCAAUGUCGACAGCGAGGAUGCCGAGUAGAUUAAACCACACUGCUGUUGCUAUUCCUGGUAAUGGACAUGUAGAUUCUCAUUCAUCCAGGUCAUGGUUAUCUUGAAGACUUAAAAACAGGCAACUGGACUGUGUAGAGUUGAACAUUUGUGGCCUCGGCUAAUUUUUUUAUGCGCACAUGUGCCCCUAAAUACAUUUUACAAUUCGCACACAAUUACUUUUAGUCGCAAAUGCGAGUGAAACGGUCACACUGUCAAGCCCUGUAUGGUCUCAUCUCCCUGUCCUACAGCGGAGACGGGAGUCCACCCCAUCCAGUCCGUAACAAAGAGGGAUAGCCAGGUGAGGAGAUGGAGGAUGAUUCAAAAGUUGGAGUGGCUGAAGUAGACGAAGUUAAUGUGGGAGGGGGUGAGCAGCUUAGGGAGUAGUUAUUGUCCAUUUAUUGUUAUUGAGGUGAACUGCUCAAUGUAUCGUGAUAUUGAUUUGAAGCCAUAUCGCCCAGCUCUAAGGGAAGGUAGGGAACUACAUAGAAACUUGUGUUUGAGACACGCUGUCAACAAGCAGGGCUCACUGUUUCCAGAUGCUGAGAAUUUUUGUCUCUCAACUAACAUAUUUGUUAGAGAAGGUGUCACCUUUACUUGAUACCUCUGUGCAAAAUAAAGCAGCAUUCUUUCCUGAAGCGAGAGGAUGUUCUAUGUUUACAGCAGUUCACAGAAACCGAUGUCUCCUUCUGCCAAGGACAAGAUGUUUUCACAAAGAGAGAGAAAAAUAAAGUUUAAAUACAGCUGAUACAGAGCAGACAAUCCAAGUAAGAAAAACAUUUGAAUAGGCAUGAAUAAAUUCACAUUUUCCUCAAAUAUUUGGGAAUAUACUGAGCUCUACAUUUGUAGUUAAGUGUAACAGCAUCUAAUAUGGCUCUCUUUAUCCCCUAACAGCACACAGUGUGGUGCUUAAAUGCCACAUGAAUAAGAAACACUGUACCUGCCUGCAUUUACACUAAAGUUGCUUUAACACAGAUUAAAAUCAUGUUUUUUAGAUAGUAUUUAGAUAAACACCCUCUACCUUUCCUGAAACAUUAAUGUUCAUUAUGAUCCUCCGUUAGAGGAAAUCUCUAAAUGAUUUAAAUGAAUAUCUGUCAUCAGGAAGCCGAUGUAGCCAGAGCUGUAAAGUAACUAACCUGAGAAGUCUCCACUAACCUUGACAACUAUAUUUGCAGGCAGAGAAGUGGUACAGCGUGUGGCAGGCGAGCCAGCAGGGAAACUUUGGCAGCAGGGCAGGGACCCCCCACCCUCAUCAGCAGGGUUCCCCUCUAACUGAUCCACCUGCGGUCAAAGAGCUGCUGAGAGCCGAGGUCAAGAUGUUACUGCAGACUCUCGGAGAGAGGGUCAGCAGGCUGGGAAGGUAAGUGUGAGCCCUCACACCUCCACCCUCUUUACUGCACAUUAUGAGUAAAUUAUUAAAAAGCUUGUGUUCAUGGCCUUUGGACACAUCGGCGGAAAACAUAAUUGGGUUUUGAUGUAUCUUUACUUCUGAGACAUGAGGUCAGAAUGCUGGAGAAAAUAUUUUAAAAGUACUGCCAGUGCAAGUAACAAUGAGUGCUCACACACAAACACACAAACACAAACUCACAGGAAUUUUCUCCUAUUUUUUAAUGUCAAAUUGAAAUGUUACAACACAGUGAGAAUAAAACAUUUAUCCAGACUCACACGUUGUACAAGAAGUAAUGUAUAUCUAACAAAAGCAUGCUUUUGCAACACAUUUUGCACAUAUUUUAUGGAUAGUGUCUUUAGGUCUUUAUCGAACACGGUUGAAUAAGUGAAAAUGGUGAAGGUCCUUUUUUUUUAACUUUUAUCUGUUUUUUUAACUGAGUUUUAUUUUACUUUUUAUUUUGAGCGACCUUGUUAAAGAAUCUGAGAAGUUUUUCCGGCCUCUACAAUAUCCACCAUACUGUCACUUGCAGUUUAGUUCAAUGUGAACGAAGAUUUGACAUUUUCAAAAAGAUUUCUAAGUAUUUGAAAAGUAAAAUGUCUAUUUUAAUCUCAGUAGCUUGACUUCCCAAAAGAAGCAACACACUAAGAAGGUAUGGACCCUCCCCUCACUGUUUACGUCAUUUCCCCCCCCUAACAAAGAGUAGCAUAAAAUGCCGUAUUGUGCUCCCAUGUCAGUUACAAAUGGAAUGGAAAGAAGAAGAAGAACAAAGGGGUUUCGGGGUUGGGAAGUAGCUAACUGGUUUAGGAAUUGUGCAACAAUGGGACGACUAUAGGAGAGAGACAUCUUUGCAUUCCACACCAGAUGCCAACAAACACUGGCCUGAAUUUUAAAGGCCCAACAGCUACUAGCUUUAUCUGAUUGAAGAUUUGUUUUUGGUCUUCACUCUAAAUAAGAAGCUGAAUAUUCAUCUUAAUGAAGUUUGCUUGUUUGUGUGUAAAAAGAUCUACAGUUAAUCUGACCUUAAGCAGUUGUUUUUCUGUGGCAUAAUGAAUCCUGGCGUUUCAUUUUUAAAGAUAUACAGUCCUCAGAAAGUUACAAGCUCCUCCAUGAGUGGUGAUAUUUUCUAAGUGCUGUUAGCUUUUAAUUUUAUUGCUAAUCUUGCAACUCAGGUCAAACUGAACUUGUCAAUUUACGAGUCAAUGUGAAAACAUCAUAAAAACUCUUGGCAGGACACAAUAAGACAGUAACUGCUGUGCAUCUUAACUUUUUGAUGAUGAAGGACUCUGUACAUUUGUUUUAUAUUUGUGAGGAUGUACAAGCAUGUGUGAGUGUGUGAGAGCAAACUGUGGUUAGCGGUGAGCUCGUAACUAUCCCAGCAACAGGCUGGUUCCUGCUAGGAAUGUCGCCCCACGUCACCUCUCAGAUUUUGCCGAGGCCCUUUAGGAAGCACGGCUCAGGAUGGAUUGUUCUCUGUUUUUGUGACAAACCGUUUAUUGCCUGCCAAUUUGUCCGUUUCCUUUGUAAUGUGAUUUUCCUUUCAUUUGUGUCUGUUUCAGUUGUGUUGUUAAAGUGAAGACGCAGGGGGGGUUGUGUUUUAGUUCAUCCCAUUAUCCCACAUCAUCUGCUGCAACCACAGAUUUGUGAAAUUUUGACCUCUUGUCAAAACCACUAAACCGCAAUGCGUCCAAUCCUGGUUCCAAAUAAAGUCAGUUCAGCCCUUUUGUUGACACACGAUGUGGCACAGACGCUUAAUUGGCAAUCAACUACUCCAGAUGGGGUCAGUUUUACCAGGCAGUUUAACGACUUUAACUACCUUUAAAAAAAAACUGCUUUUUGGAACAUUUGUAGUGCUCUACUUUGCCUCUUUGUUUCAGCACUAUUUGUGGAUGCAACUCAUACAUGUUCCUCUGCUUGCACCAAAUUAACCUGUAUUAAUUACAGGUUAAUCUGUAUUAGGAAAAGAAAGAAAAGAUAUCCAGCCAGUAGAGAUAUUGUAUGAGAUUUUUUGGGCUUAAGUGGUGAUCCAUCCCAUGAGCCACAGCAGUAGACAUGCGUAAAUCUGUCCUCACCACAGGCACAAACGGUUGUCAUAGUUUCCCACAGUUUAGUCCCCUUCUCUACAAAAGCUGCGAUAGUUCAUGCAUCAAAAGGAAUACAAAACGUAUAAUAUAACCCCCUGGUGCGUAUUUUGACAGCCAAGUGGACAGGGUUUUAUUUCAAGUAAUCUCACAAGAGUUUCUUUUAAGUCAGGAUGACAGCGAAGCCUGAUGGUUCAGCUCACAGUCCAAUAUCCAGAAGAGCCACAGGUCUGAAGCCCUCAGCAGCACUGUGUCUUAUUAAAGUGUCACUGAGCGAGACUUGAACUGACACCUUACUUGCUCCCACAAUCAAGCCGUUCCUGUAAAGUGCUCCAGCUAGGAUGUAAAUGGAUUAUACGGCAUAAAGUCUUAUUCAGCCCACUGUUGUCUACUGUGCAGACCAAAGAAGUAUUGGUGCCACACAGACUGUGCCAGCACAAAUGGCUUUUCCUCUUUGAGACUGGCUUUGGUAUCCUUGUUGACCUUGAUAUACGGUGUGUGUGUGAGUGUGUGUGUGUGUGUGUGUGUGUGUUUUCAGCCUUUGAUCAUUCAGUUCAGCCUAGUCCCAAGUGUGUGUCAGGAGUAAAAUGAACACACUUUCCCGUAACUACACUUCCACUAAAUAAUGCUCCUCGACCCUCUGCUUGUCAAUUUGGUUCAAUUUAAUAGACUUUGUUGGCAUGGAAAUCCCAGACGUAUUGCCAAAGCAUCAAGACAGAGACCAGCGCCUUCUUCCCUACACUGUACAAAUUGUGUGUUAUGGUUUUGGUCAAAAUACACUUUCCUAUAUUUGUAGCAAAAGUCUGACUGACUGAUCCUCUUCUACCUACAUCAUCUGGACAGGAGUAAUAGCAGCUGCCAUCUCCACACCAGAGUCUCACUGUGAUCGGAGCCAUUUGUAUGUGGGAAUGAGGGUGUGUGGGUGGGUGUGUACCUUGUAAAAGUCAACUGAUUUAUCAUACUGGCCUCCUCCUGUGUGGUCCUGAUGCCCUCACCGUCCUCCCAGCCACUCGCACACACAUACACAAAGCUACUUGUAAUUGAGUGGCUGGAAACUACAUCUCCCCUUGUGUAGUAGGUAUAAAAUUAGGAGCUGAUCACUGUGUGUCACACCACCUGCUGCUGCCCGCACCAUCUGCCUGCUUCUUUUCUCCUAAGGAUCUUUCAGUAAAUAUAAUGUUCCUGCUGUUUAGACUAGGAUCAGUUUAGCUUUUGUAAUUGGAUACUAUAAAAUGAGCCUGUCUCUGAUAAUAAAGUGCUCACGUUGGACUAUCUGAUCACUCGGCAUAAACUAAGAAUAUUGUUUUUGUUCCGACUUUUUAUGUUUUCAAUCCCUCAAACUUAACAUGUAAAACAUAUUGGUAACCCUUUCGUUUACGGUACACUUAUUACCAGGUAAUUAACAGGUAAUUACCUAGUAACAACAUGAAAUUAUCUGGUAAUUACAUGAUAACUACUAAGUCAAUACUGUCGAGCUACCAGGUAGGUAACCUUCCAUCAUCAUACAAAUUUGAAGCUGAAUUGCUCUGGUAUUUCCAGGAUUUUCUCAGCUUCCUGGAACCACCACUUGCGCAGUAGCAUUGUACGCAUUCGGCGGGUGAGUCGCUGUGAUAAUGCUCGGCUCAAACAGCGCAUCGCUAUGCAAUCUUCGCACGCCCAUAGGCUGUAUCAAGUGUCAAUCACAGAAAACAAGAACCCCAAAUAGCUUUUGAAAAUGGAGCUGCACAGAAAAAUUGACUUAGUAGUUAUCAUGUAAUUACCAGAUAAUUUCAUGUUAUUACCAGGUAAUUACCUGUUAAUUACCUGGUAAUAAGUGUACCGUAAAAGAAAGGGUUACCAACAUAUUUAAUGUAUGUUAGUGCCAUUCAGGGUUCAGUUCAAGUAAAAUACAAAUACAAACAGUAAACAAUGUAGUGAUGUAAAUCCAUGUUCCACCAUAGCUUAAGCUUCAUCAUGUAGAAGUACUGACAGACCUGCAGGGACAGUUAACAAACUCUCUUGUUUCUGCGGUUGUUGCUAUAGAAACGGCGAGGAGCUCUUGUUUAGGUACAAACCUGAGACAGUGGACUACGCCCUUGGUCACCUUGACAGCUGCCAAAGAAAGAGUACAGACCUUGAAGAUACUUAUGACAGAAGCAGGUAAUUAACAUCACGGCUUAGCUUGACUCGUAUAUGGAAUUGAUACAAAAUGUUCCUCGUGCAUGAAACCUCAUUCCUCCUCAUUCCUUACAGACCGAGCUCUCACUGCUCGGUCCGGUCCAGUGCUGAGGAUGAGAUUGAUUCAAUGAGAGACAAGCUGAACGUCACUGACAUUGACCAAGUUGUGGAUCGGCUCAAGUAAGUCCCAUAGAGCAGUCUCUCUCAUUACAACAACAGCCAGGUGGAUACUUUAUUUUGAGGCCUGAUAUCAGUAGCUGUUAGUUUUUCUCCUCAUUAGUUUCAAUCUGUUGCAUAAGCAGUUGAAAACUCCUCAUAGGGGCUUCAAGCUAAUUUCUUAACUUUUCUUAAAAACUAAGAGACUAGUGCUGCGUUCGAGUUACCUCAGAAGUCAGAUGUCAGAGCUGGGAAUGAUGUCACACCCGAGUUAGCAGCGUUAUAAUUACCAAGUCGGAAAAAAGCAAAAUCAGAGGUGGAAAACAAGAUGGAUUCAUCUACAAAAGUUAUUUUAGCUAUUUUAAGUUAUUUUAGCAUCCCCUUACGUAGAUGUAGCUAUCUUGUUCCCACCUCCGAUUUUGCUUUUUUCCGACUUGGUAACUGAAACGCUGGUAACUAGGGUGUGACGUCAUUCCCAGCCCGGACAGCUGACUUCCGAGGUAACUCGAACGCAGCAUAGGAUACAACAAAUCUGCAACAGGGAACCUUUCUCGAUCACCUAUAUGUGUUUCUUUUGUCUCUCACCAAAUGUUUUCCACAUUAGUCUAAAAUAAGUUUCCACAAGGUUUCUUAAACUACUUGUGACCCUUAAAAACCAAGCGGUGUCUAUUUGCAGCCUGUUUACUCACAGGUAAUAUGAUAUGAGUCCUCAUUAUUCUGAGCUCUGUCAACAUUGUUAUGAAAGCAAUGUGGAAAACUUCUGUGCAAGAUUUUUUUUUAUGAACCUCAGCUGUUUGUUUAAUCAUCUCAUGACUCUACAAAGUCUGCUGGAACAAAAAAAUCCCCCGUUUGUUGUGGUGAACCAAACCUCCAAAGGCACAAAGGAUCAACAACCUAAACAAGAGUGAGCAGAUUGAGUAAAUAACACCUAAGACUGGUAGAGUACAACAAACAGGUUUUCAUCAUAGAUUUGUAACACUAGCUGGCAGAAAAACAACAGAUUUGUCACGGUUAACUUUGAUAUAAAUUUUGUAUUUCUCGUACGCUCUUUAAGUCUGUGAAGCAGUUCCUCUGAGCUUUCUCCCUUCCUCAUCUUUCUCCUUCGUUUCUCCUUUUUGGCUUCUGUUCCUGCCCUGCCUCCUUCACCUUCCAUCUCUCCUUUCUUUCCUUCAUCCCCCACUUUUUGAGGCCCACGGGGCAGUACAGUCACUGGGGCCACCUCUUUCUUUCUCUCUCUCUCUUUUACUCCUGCUCUCGCCCAUUUCCUGACUGGACCAGAACAAAAGGCCCCAUUGUCAGAAAAAUGGAUCUCAGGGCAGGCAGAAGUUUCUCUUUUUUUUCCUCCUUCACAGAAAUGAAUGAAGUCUACUUUGGUUAUGUAAGUGGAGAAGGAGAAAGUGUACAUGAGGGGAGAAACAAAGAGGGAAUGAAAAAUAGGACAGUGUAUCUGCAUCUAAGCUGCAGAGGAGAAACUCUGAACACACACUUGGUGCACCCACACUGAUGCUUGACAAACGUAAUCAUAUUACGUCAAACUGUCACGGUGUCCCACUCUAACUUCUUGAAAUUGAUCCCAUGUGUGGCUAUCAAAGCUACAACAGGCAACUUUGUUCUGUUGGGAUUAAAGAUUGAAUUUGACAUGUGAUAUAUGAAUGCAUUUUUAAUGUAUUCAAGAAAACAGACCACAAAUUAUAACUAAGGUGCUUGAGUGGGUGUGUAUGAGUGUGUGCAUAGUUUCCACUCUGACCCACAUUUGAGUUUUUUGGCUCCAAAGUUUUAAAUGAAAAACGAGUCGAGUACAGACCAUAUAAGCACAGGGGCUGUUCUUCAAAGUCCCCAUUGUGCUCUCUUUAUCUAUCUAUCUGUGUGUCUAUUUAAUCUUGCGCAUCUCUCUGUCUGUGUAGGACUGUCCUUAUGGAGGAGUAUGAAGAGUUGAGAAGGCUGGUGAAGUAUUUUAAGGUAAGGAGAACAGGAUUAAAAACAGCCACAGAUAUUAUUUGUGUUUUCUGAUUUAAAUUCUGUGUUACAUUCUGCAUUUUCAAACAUUAUUUCCCUUAUUAAACCCCCCCCAAAAAAUCUAUAUGUUAUUUUAGAGCCAUUUGUGCGCUACUGAUAAUUUGACAGAUAAUUAAUAUUUUUUGUUAUUUAUCCUGAUUAGAAUUCUGAGAGACUGAAAAGUUGUAUAGUUUUACUUUAAAAUUUAAUUAAAGCCUAUUACUUCUGCAGCUCUCCUAUUGGAGGAGACAUGUAAUGUGAGACCUGCAGGUUUUUCUUGGGUAAUUAAUGCAGCUAUGGGUUUUUGAGAGCACAAUGGCUUUUGACCGUGUUUACAUCGGGUCUCCAUUUCGUCAUUAUUAUUUGUAAAAAGUAUCUUUGUUGAUUACUAUGAUGUUUUAUUAAGGAAAUAUCAGAGGGUCUUCAAUCAUUAGACGGAGCUGCACUCACAUGGCAUAUUCAUGUUGCAUAAAGCAGUAUAGGGUCCUGCUUGUUCUCAUUUAUUUCAGUUCUAACUUCAAACUAAAAAGAAAGAUUGAAGCUCUUUUUGUUAACUUUUUUAGCAGCACUCACUGCUUUUAUAAAAAGUAACUAGAAUAAAUGAAAUAGCAUUUUGACAAUUUGAAAAAAGUUGACCAUAAAAGUAAAGGUUUGAGUUGUAAUUUAACAUCUGAAAUAUUAAUGUGAGGUGUAUUUGACACAGUGCUGUUGGAAAGUUAUUGACUUCAACGACUGGGGGGGUUCUCCACGAAAAAAUAACACCUUUGGUUUUAAGGAGUUUGAGAAGAUUUGGACUCCCCCAAGUUGACUCAUGGGGCGCUAUUUUUGUUCCUCACCGGCGGCAUGGCGCAGGCGCGGCGUAAGUCAGGUCCAUGUCCAGGUCGAGCUGCACGAGAACUUAGAGGAAGAGGAAGAUAGAAAAAGGGGGGAGACAAAUUAAAUAUGUUGUUAACUUCAUCGUGUUUGUCUGUUUACUGGAUAUUUAAUUUAAUUAACAGCGGUUUCAGCUGAGUUAAUUUGGUCAGGUUGAGUGUCCAAACACGUGCCAAAUGUGUUUAUCAGAUCAGAUAUAGAUCAGAAUAUAUCGUUAUAGAUCUAAAUGUAUGUGCUGACUUAGAAUAUUGGUUGUUGUUGAUUAUUUAUUGCACUGAAAUGUGCCUGACACUGUGGAAACCUGCUGGUGAGGCAUCGGUGACGUAUGCGCACCAAGCUGCCGGUCUACCAAAAUACCACGAGACCAGCUGUGCUCCGCCUGCACUGAAAGCUGACCAGGUUUGAAUCGGCGAGCUUUCAGUGCACUUUCUACGCCAUCGGUGAGUACGAAAAUGUCACUGUGCCAGCUGAUUCUGUCGACACCUCCCCCUACCACGCCACCACGCCUACAAAAGUACCAAACUGGCUGUGCGCCGGGCUCCACCAGAUGAAAAUACCACAGUGCAGGGUCCGCCACCCUCUGCCGCGCCGCCGGCGGACACGAAAAUAGAGCCCAUUGACUUUUUUUGGCAACAAAAGUUUGCACAGGUUUUAAUUUACUCAUUUGUACAAACGCACAAAUGAAAAAAACUAACUCAAACAAGAACCCGGCACAGGAUCCGUCUAAGCUUGUUUUGUUUUCUGUCCAUCUGGUCAAACGAUCUGCAGCCCUGGGUUACAUCGAUCUGCUCUCAAUCACCUAAAUUACUCACUAAAUGCUCACAGAGGCAUUUAAACACAAACAAACAUUGAAAACAAAUGUACAUGCAUGCUUUCCUGCUUUGUGCUUCUUGUCUGGAAUUAUGAAAGAAUCAGGGAGUGAGUUAGUUUGAGCCCAGAUGUGGGUCUUUUCUGCAGACCAGAUGUGUAACUUAUCGCUCUGCAGCUUGUGUGUGUGUAUAUGGAUGUCUGCCUGGAAAUGUUACACUGUCUGUUUGUCUGGAAACAAGACAAGUUGAAAAAUGGGACAACUGUGUGAAGAGGAAAAAUACUGAUUGUUUAAGUCUUCUGAAGUCAAUGUAUGUCAGAUGUUUGUGAAGUACUAAAGGAGAAUGACGUGUGCGACUACAGAGUGUGAUUGGGCCUGUUAAAUAAAGUCCCACUAGGCUAAAUGUUAUUUCGAAUUAAAAGGAACAAAAGGGGUGUGUAGAUCCUGGAGCAAAUACAACUAAACACUACAACUCUUGGGGGCAUCAGAAAGGUUUUACUGUAAAAGCAGAUUUACAUCUAAAUUUUACACUAACUUUUAGUCCCAGGAUCUCUUCCUUAUUUCCCUUCUCUCCCCUAAUUUAAAAACUGAGCCCACUGGUGCAUAAUGGAAAAAACUGACAGCUCCCUUUUCCACGGAGAGCUGUAAAUAUUUUAGCAUGGUAUGGCAACACACCCAGACAGUCAAGCAAGCUGCUCUGUCACUUGUACGAAUGCUGUGAGUACUAGACCAGUCAAAAAUGUUCAGCCCUCCGAGACCAAGUCCUGAAGGCUCUGUGCUUUAGGAAAGUACUAUCCUUGAUGGCAUAAUAAAGUAUAUAGGACUUAAUUAACGUCUGGGUCCCAGCAUUGGGAAUGCACCUUUUAAAAGUCCAUACCCCCUCAGUAGGGAACUGCUUAUUUGAUCUCAAUAGGGACUCUCAAAUAAAGCAGAAAAGUAGCACUUUACCUGAAAAGGAACCGUCUCCUUGAGUGAGGGGUUGCAGUCUGCUGUGCGAACAAGUGGGAUGAAACUCAGGAUGUGCUGUGCUCCUCUAGCAUGAAAUUAUUGUGCGCUAUCAUUUAUUCACAGCAGAGAUGCCUUAUUUUGCCGUGAAAGGCGACAUUGCCUCUUUGCCACUGAUGACUCAGUCUUGAAAAGAAAGGACACUUGAAUCAGCCAUGAGGAUGAACCGUGUGAUUAUUCAUGUUUAAACUUUAAACCUGCCGUAGAAAAACAUAUUUACACAGUUAUUUAUACAAAACCCAAUUCCAUUGAAGUUGGGAAAUUGUGGUAAACGUAAAUAAAAACAGAACACAAUGAUUUGCAAAUCAUUUUCAACCUAUAUUCAGUUGAUACACUACAAAGACAAGAUAUGUAAUGUUCAAACUCAUAAACUUUAUUUUUUUUUUGCAAAUAAUAAACUCAGAAUUUAAUGGCUGCAACACGUGCCAAAGUAGUUGGGACAGGAGCAUGUUUACCACUGUGUUACAUCACCUUUCCUUUCAACAACACUCAAUAAACCUUUGGGAACUGAGGAGACUGAUUGUUAAAGCUCUGAAGGUGGAAUUCUUUCCCAUUCUUGCUUGAUGUACAGCUUCAGUUGUUCAACAGUCCGGGGUCUCCGUUGUCGUAUUUUACGCUUCAUAAUGCUCCACACAUUUUCAAUGGGAGAAGGUCUGGACUGCAGGCAGGCCAGUCGAGACCUGUGUGUACCUUUCAGCAUUAAUGUUGCCUUCACAGAUGUGUAAGUUACCCAUGCCUUGGGCACUAAUGCACCCCCAUACCAUCACAGAUGCUGACUUUUGAACUUUGUGUCCAUAACAGUCCGGAUGGUUCUUUUCCUCUUUGGCCUGGAGGACUCGCCCCAUCCUUGCUUGUGAAUGACUGAGAAUUUUUGGGAAGGCUGCUGUUCCCAAUUAGUCUGCUCACCUGUGGGAUGUUCCAAAUAGGUGUUUGAUGAGCAUUCCUCAAAUUUCUCAGUAUUUUUUGCCACCUUUCCCAACUUCUUUAUCACAUGUUGCAGCCAUGAAAUUCUGCUUCUAACUUCAGGUCCAUGAAUCUCUUAAACCAAUAAAAAAAUGACCCGAUAGAGGAUGUAAGAUACCUCUCAGGAGUGUUUAUCAGUGUGUCUACGUUGUUUUUAACCAAGCCAGUGUAACUGUCCUGAUUCAGGAGUGCCUGGAGUUUAUCACUGGCAUCAUGUUGAGCGCAGCUAAGAUGCAUUUAAUAUAAUUCCAUGCUCCACGCAGUUUAAUUGAACAGCCAUUAGUUGUUGAGUAAAACUAAAUCAGGCAUGUAGAAGCUUGAUACAGUAUGAUCAAAUUGCCUGCUGUAUGCAUCAUGUAGCAGCGGAUAAUAAAUUACUGCAAGAUAUUGAUCUGAAUAAUCAAUAUUGAUCCAUGUUGUCUUAGCAGGAAAUAACUUCAAAUUAUAAAUAUAUUUAGCAGCAGUCCGAGAAUAACGUUCUCAUACACUUCUGUAUAUACUCUCCACGUGUUGAUCUUAGGGCAUGUGUCCACCAGCAGCUAAGUUGUUCCUCCUCCACUUGUUAAGUCUGUUUCAGAAUGCUCUGAUGGGUUGGAGUUUUUACGACAAAAUGUAAAAACAUUUAAAAGAUACAGACCCUCUAAAAGCAUCCAGUUCACUUUGAGCUUCACAUGGGUCAUUUUAGCAGAAGAGGACUUUAAAAAAGGUGGUAAAAAAAGGUAAGGAGCACUGUUUGCCUAUCAGUAUAAGCAUGCAUCCAUGUACAGACGCUAUGGUCCUUGUCACAGUGGUCAUUUGUUCUACUUCCUGCCACAAUGGGAAAGAAGAGGGUUAGAGCUCCAAGGGAAUGGAAGCGCAGCAAAGGAUGCUGAACUGUAUUGGUUUUGUGUCAAAGAUUAGGAGUGUCUGGGCAGAAAUCACAGUCUGUGGACACAGGCCCUAAGUUAAGAAAAUUACAGUAUUCCAUCACUCUUAAGAAGUGGAAACAAUGAGGGAUUCCCGCUCUCAUAUCCUCUUUUCUAAAUAAUGGCCUGCAUAGUUUGCACACCAAAGCUCUGUUACUGUUAAUAACUGAAUAUUUCCCAAAGCCCUGGUAUAAAUGGCUGCUGCUAACACGUCUGUUUUCCCCUUUUCGAAUUCCAAAGCCAUAUUUAGCUUUCUUCAUCACUCCACUCUGUUGACUCCCCCUCUUAAGGUUGAGACCAUUUUGCCCCUCUUGUUCCUCACAGUUCUCCAUCAACCUGUUUUUGUUUUUCCUGCAUGACAUAAAGUUUGCAGUUUACGUUUUCUGUCACUACAGCAGCAUCCAUCAGUCCUUCAUACUGAUGUUUGCACUCGGUGAGGAAAGAUAGUCUGUUUUUGUCACAAACAGCUAAGGAAACACACUCAUGGUAGAGUUGGUUUUAAGAUUUUAAAGGUGUUUAUUUAAAGAAAAACUAGAUCAAGCUUGGCCAGUUUGGUCUCGGUAUACAGCAGAACGAAUACGUGUUACGGUUUAAAGACAGCAGCCAACAAUAGCCAGAUUUAGCAGGAUUCUGGGCGAGUGGGUGUGUGUUUUGGCUGUGAAUCUGGAUUCCACAGAAUCAUGUAUGAGAAUAAUAAUAUUCACUUUCAAAGUUUUCUUAAGAUAUCAGAAAUUCAGCACCACGGUUCUGAGUUCAGACCCAACAUGGACCUCAAAGCCUAUUUUUGGAGCGUGUAUGUAGAGUUGUUUUGGAUUCCAGCCACUUCGCUGUCAGAGACACAGCACAUACUCCGUCUGUGCACCAGAAAGAAAACACUGGGAGGUUUAAGUUUGAAUCCCACUGGGAGAGCCGACCGAAAAUAUGUUUUAACUGUCAGUCUCGGCAUGUGUGUAUUUAUGUGUGUGUGUACAGAACGUGGAUGCUAUAAAGACCCGCCGUUUGUUUCUGUGCUGAUGUCAAGGCUGCCAGUCACUUUUAACAAACGUAUUAUCACACUUUUCAAUCCGAUCCUGAGGUUUUGUGCCCUCAACACACACAUUGCACACAGACACACACACACACACACAUGCACGUGCACAUGACCAGCUUUUGCUCCAUUAACCCUGUACAUGGAUAUUUGAGGUCCAAAUUAUGAUGGAACACUUCUGCUCAAUCGUUUAGUGGUCACAAACUCACAUGCCUCUCCUCUCUCUCUCUCAGUUAUUUGUAUCCCUUUCCCUUGUUCCUUUGCUUUUUCCAAAGACUCAGGCUUUCUUGAACAUUUCUCCUCCAUUACUCGUUUUCAGUUCUGUCUCAAUGCUGCUGAGUAUGUUUUAUUUUGCAUUAUUUAUGAGCAUGAAAACGAUGAUCUCCCUCUCUUCUGUUCUUCAUUUCUUACAGGAAGAGAUUAAACAGAGGUGUAUGAGUCAGGCUGAAAAAUCUGAACCUACACUUUCAGGUGAGUCCAAUUCCAACAUAUUGGUCUCUGCUGCCAUCUGGUGGCACACUGUUGUUGAACACUUUGCCAGGUCUUUUUUUUUUAUCUCUUAUGUCCCAUUUAAUCUUAAACUCAGUGAACAAAUUCAAAGAUGAAACGCUGAUGAUGAUAACAUCUCUCACCCUCCAUUAGCUGGUGAAACUCAUCCUGAAACAUAUUUAUGAAUGUAAAAAGGAGCAAUUUAGGACUCCAGCCAAAUCUAUCUACUGUGGGCCAAAUGACGGAGAAACUAAUUUGAGUGUAUCAGAGAGUCAUCAGAGUAAAGCAGCCGUUUAGUUCAUUUUCAGAGCUGGAAAAUGAGCACUUUCUUGUGCACUUUGUGAUUUUUAUCUUUUGAUGGUUUUCUGUGCUCAAGUAUCCAACAGCGUGUUUCAGUGACUCUUCAAGCACUUUUCCUAAAUCUCAGUACUCUUGUGUUUGUGUGUUCACAGAGCUGAGAGAGCUUAGAGGAGCCAUACAAAUGGACUUGGAGCUCUACCCUUCUUCUUUGGCUGCUUCACCUUCGAGAGCCUCCCCUCUGCCAGCGAAGGAUUUGAAAAACAGGUUCAUGUUUGUACCUUUGGCAUUUAAGACUCUUAAAAAAGCGCUACUGUGAAGAAGGGAAUUACAUGAACAAUAUUGUAGAGAAGAAGAAAAAUCUGUAUUUAUGAUGCCAGGUGACAGGAUUUCAGAAAUAAUAAAGAAGAAAUCUGGGGCACUAUAUGAUAUAUCCUCACAGAAACACUGAUCAUUGAUAUCUAAAGACAGUGCUUCAAAAGUGCUUUUAAUGUGUGCCUUCUUAAUCCAUUCAACAAGAUAAAAGCACACUGCUUAUCUUUUGUUGUCUGCCCAUACCAAAGUUUUACUCCCACUGAUUUCCAUUCUUUUACUUUUCCUUCAGACUGUCAGCAGGACAAAAGGUUCCUCGUGGAAGUAUGCAAGAUUUAAGCACUACUCCAGCCCCUAAACCGCAUUCACUUCCAUCUCUGUGCCAGACCAAACCCAGGCCACCACUUAAUGCUCCUCCAAACAAGACCUCUGCAUCAGUUAAACUCAUUAAUAGCCCUUCACUGUGCAGGACUCCAGGACAGCAGAGAAGCGCUUUAGCUGCCUCUGGAAGGAGAAAAAUACGAACACCUAUCUGCAACAGGAUCGCCUCUUCUGGGCAUCUGGACAGCCUCUCCAACGCUACAGUUCCAGGGCCUGACAGGGACCAGAUAAAGGAUGAAACUCCACAUGACUGCAGUGCUUCACCAGAGCAAGACAGGAGUUGUAUGUCUAGUCCUAGUUUUCAGAUAGAAAAUGCAAGAAACUCUCCCGUCCAUGAUACACAUCAGCCACCUCAUAGUAGGAUCCACAGCCCGAGCAGGAAGUCUGAUUUGCCACCACAGCCUGAGAGAAAUAGAAGGCCUGCUCUGAGAUUAGGACACAUAAAUACUAUCACCUCAUCCUCUCGUGGUGAUGCAGGCACUUACAGCAGCAAUGCUACUGACCACCCAGUGUCAGCUAAAAGCAAUUUAACGACACAAAGUGGACAGCAGAAUCACGGAGAAGAAGGGAGUACAGCCUCAGCUCCUUCACAGUCAGGCAAAGAGAAAAGUAGCAAUGGAAAUAACACAAGUGACAAGGGUCAUUUUGAUGCUGAAGUUUCACAACAGCCAGGCCAAGCAGUCAAAUGCAUCCAAACAGAGUCUAGACAGAUAAAUAGACUUUUCUUCGCAACGCCUAAAAAACAACACAAGGGCAGCAGAAAUCAGCAGAGACGGGUUCAAGAGGCGAAGACAGAGCUGGAGUUUAUUGGAAAGUUUCACCAGCCCGUCCCUCCACCCAGAGUGUCAACUUGA